AACAAAUCCGUACCCAUACCCUUUUCACCCCUUUACUAAUCGCAUUUGGAGUCGCUGCAGGACUGAUGUGCAUCAUAGUCAUGAUCCUGGUGUACAUAUAUUUGCAGAAACCCAAAUACGAAGUUCAGUGGAAAGUUGUUGAAGAAAUAAAUGGAAACAACUAUGUUUACAUAGACCCAACGCAACUUCCUUACGAUCACAAAUGGGAAUUUCCUAGAAACCGGUUGAGUUUUGGUAAAACCCUUGGUGCUGGAGCUUUUGGAAAAGUUGUCGAAGCCACUGCUUAUGGUCUAUUUAAAUCUGAUGCUGCUAUGACAGUAGCAGUAAAGAUGUUGAAACCAAGUGCCCAUUUAACAGAAAGAGAAGCCUUGAUGUCAGAGCUUAAAGUGCUGAGUUACCUUGGAAACCACAUUAAUAUUGUGAAUCUGCUUGGAGCUUGCACUAUUGGAGGUCCCACUCUGGUCAUUACAGAAUAUUGCUGCUAUGGUGAUCUUUUAAAUUUUCUGAGACGGAAACGGGAUUCAUUUAUUUGUCCAAAACAUGAAGAACAUGCAGAAACUGCAGUUUAUGAGAACCUUUUGCAUCAGGCGGAGCCUGCAGCUGAUGUUGCCAAUGAGUACAUGGACAUGAAACCAGGAGUGUCGUAUGCAGUCCCGCCAAAAGCUGAUAAAAAGCGACCAGUGAAGUCUGGAUCCUACACUGAUCAGGAUGUUACCCUUUCUAUGUUGGAAGAUGAUGAACUUGCUCUAGAUGUCGAAGAUCUACUAAGCUUUUCUUACCAGGUGGCAAAGGGCAUGAACUUCCUUGCCUCCAAAAAUUGCAUUCAUAGGGAUCUGGCUGCAAGAAAUAUUCUUCUCACUCAUGGUCGAAUAACAAAGAUCUGUGACUUUGGCCUGGCAAGAGACAUAAGGAAUGACUCAAAUUAUGUGGUCAAAGGAAACGCUCGUCUUCCUGUGAAGUGGAUGGCACCUGAAAGUAUUUUCAAUUGUGUCUACACCUUUGAGAGUGACGUCUGGUCUUAUGGGAUAUUGCUUUGGGAGCUCUUUUCUUUAGGAAGCAGCCCAUAUCCAGGGAUGCCCGUGGACUCCAAGUUCUAUAAAAUGAUCAAGGAGGGAUACAGGAUGUUCAGCCCUGAGUGUGCACCACCUGAAAUGUAUGACAUAAUGAAGAGUUGCUGGGAUGCUGAUCCUUUACAGAGACCCACAUUUAAACAAAUCGUACAGCUGAUAGAGCAGCAGCUUUCAGAUAAUGCUCCCCGGGUUUAUGCGAACUUCUCAACUCCACCUUCUAGUCAAGGAAACGCUCCAGAUCACUCGGUGAGGAUUAACUCGGUGGGUAGCAGUGCUUCAUCUACUCAGCCUCUCCUGGUACGCGAAGAUGUUUGAGUGGCAUCUGGAAGAAGAGGAGCCCAGAUGUAUUAGCUGUUUGUAUUGUGCAGGGGGUGAGAGAGGGACGACUUCAAUAAUUUCUCUUACUUUUACUCACUACUUCCACUGUGUAGCUGAAACGUUGUAAUACUGUCCUUUACCACACACUGUUACACAUAAACUUAAUCUGCUGAGCACGGUUACAGGCAUCAUCGCAAUGUUAACUGAAGCUGUAUAUAUUUUGCUAUAUUGUGUGUAUUUGCAGUAGAGAGCCAGAUCUGAAGAAAAAAAAAAACCAACAAAAGAGAUCCUGAGCCAGGGUGUGGAACAAGAUGACUGCAGAGCGUAUCAUCUGCAGUGAUCCUUCUCUGGAUCUGUGCCUGGAAGGCGUACAGUCAUUUUCUAGUUAAUUUUGUUUUGCUGAAUUUAAGAAAUAAACGAAUAU